AUGAUCACACCAGAUGCAAAAAUUUUUAUUGCUGGUCAUCGCGGUUUAGUUGGUUCUGCAUUAGUGCAGGAACUGAAAAAUCAAGGUUUUCAUAAUCUUAUUCUUAAAACUAGAUCUGAGCUUGACCUUUUAGAUACUGUUUUAGUUGCUGAUUUUUUUGCAACAGAAAAACCAGACUAUGUUUUUUUAGCUGCUGCCAAAGUAGGUGGUAUUUUAGCCAAUGAUACCUAUCCAGCUGAAUUUAUUUAUGAAAAUCUACAAAUUCAAAAUAAUAUUAUUCAUCACAGUUAUCUUAAUCAGGUAACACGACUACUCUUUUUAGGCAGCUCUUGUAUUUACCCCAAACUCUGCCCGCAACCCAUGCGUGAAGACUACUUACUUACGGAUACCUUAGAAAAGACAAAUGAGGCAUACGCUAUUGCUAAAAUUGCUGGCCUGAAACUUUGUGAGUAUUACAAAAAGCAAUACGAUUUUGAUGCUUUGUCAGUAAUGCCAACUAAUCUCUACGGUCCAAAUGACCAUUUUGACUUACACACGUCCCAUGUUUUGCCUGCAAUGAUUCGUAAAUUUCAUGAAGCAAAAAUAGUAGGCCAUUCUCCUGUGACUCUUUGGGGUACUGGUACACCUAUGCGUGAGUUUCUUCAUGUUGAGGAUUUAGCACGCGCUUGUCUGUUUUUAAUGCAACAACCAGUUAACAAGAUAAUCCAUUCUCUUUAUAACAUUGGUGUCGGUAAAGAUAUUACAAUUAAAGAAUUAGCAACGCUCAUUCAACGUAUUGUUGGCCAUACAGGUGAACUGAUUUGGGAUAGCAGUAAGCCUGAUGGUACACCCAAAAAAUUACUUGAUAUUAACCGGAUUCAAACGUUAGGUUGGCAGGCCGAAAUUAGCUUGAAAGAUGGUGUUCAAAAAACUUACGAAUGGUAUUUACAAUCUCUUAUUAAAUCAUAG